GUGAGAUUGUGUAUUUGUUCAUUUUUUUAAUUUUUUUGUGUUUGGGUGAAGCGACCAAAAUAAAUCAUUGAGAACAUUUUUUUUAUUUUUCUUGUCAAUGAGAUGAUAAAUAAAUGCGCUAAAACAUUGGAUUAAUAAGAUUUUUCAUUUAGAAAUGUUUAGUGUCUAAAUCAUAAACCAUCAUUAAGCAUACAGGAAAAAGUGUAAAUUCUUCUUUGUGUUUUUCUUUUCGGUGGAAUGAUAAAAGAAUAAAAAAAAAGCGAAAGAGCGAGAGAGAGAACAAAAUGGAGUCGGGAUAAUUUAGUGUGUUUAAGAACGACCAUAAGCAUUAAUCGACAGUUUUUAUCAUGAAAUGCAUAGUUGAAUGAUUAUCAAGUCGACUUUAAUUCAUCAUUUCAUCAUCAUAGUUCAAUCUAAUUUAAGCAACAUAUAGCAAAUUCUCAUAUUACUCGGUAUUAUCAUGCACUAUAUAUGGUUCAAUGUCUAUAAAUAAGUUCAUUGAUAAAAAAAAAAUGAGAAAAAAAAAUUCAGCACAGCAAAAAAAUAAAGUUAUAAAGUGAAUUUUAGAAAAUGAUAGUUUUGUGUAGAUGAGAAAGAAGCCAGAAUAAAAGGAAAAGAAAAGAAGAAAAAAAUCAAUUGUACAUGUGUAACGUAUAGUGUUGGUGAUUAAUAUUAUCAGAAAUUAAGUAGUGUGAGUGCUCUUGUAAUAAAAAUAGAUAAUAAUCGUAAAACAAUCAAACAAAAAGUCGAGUCACAGAAAAUAAUAAAAAUCAAUUGUAAAAAUUUCUUUCCCUCCUUUUUGCUACGAUGAAAUUCUGUGAAUGUUAAUAUUCGUACAUAAUAAAUACAAAUUAGGACUAAAACAAGAAUAAUAUUUGCUAAUCACUACUCGAGAGAAAAAAAAAGUCGAGUGUAUAUAAUAAGAAGUCUAUUAGAAUUAAUGAAAGUGAAUUCGUGUGCUUUUUUUUCUUAUUACUACAACUGGAAUCAAAAAAUCAGCGAGAACUGUGGAAUCAGUUUUGCAAAUAGAGGAAAAAUUACAUAAUUCUCAAAUGUAUAUUUGAGAAAAAUGCCUCACAUGAUGCAAACUACGGCAAAACAGCAAUCUCAGAAACAACAGCAAGGAAAAGGAUCGCUUCAACUAAAGGAGAUUUCUAUAAUACCAAUAACAGCUGCUCCUGUCAAUAACCAAAAUUCUCUCGUUGUUGAAAAAGCCACAAACUCUCAUCAAUCAAUGGCUGAUGAUGACUCGGCCGAGUUGUUAAGGAAGAAACGUUGUACGGAUAGAUACGAUUCUUCUGAAUCAUCUGACAGUGGUGUCGUAACCAUGAGUGCAGAUUCAACUGCAACAAGCGACUCAUCAGAUCCAGGUUCACCAUUUAGUAAUACAUCAGUUUCAACAUGUACGGAUGAUGUGACAGCACAGAAAUCAAAUAAAGCAAUUGCUAGCCAAACGAUAAAUGGAAAGGCACUUAAAAGGCAAGCACAAGUGACAGAAAAGGGUGAUAAGAAGAGGGUAAGAAAGGAGAUACCAAGCAAGAAGGGGAAUGUUGAAAUUAAGUUGAUUCCAAUAAGCGCAACACAAUCGACAUCUUCGGCGAUAACGACUGAGAGUGUCGUGUCUACUAUAGCCAAGAAAGCAAAUUUGGUCAAAAGUACAUUAUCAGCAAUAACAAAUAACAUUAAUGUGUUCAAAAAUCAAGCAAAACCUGCCAUUAAUAAUCAAUCACAGCCAUCACUCGUAAUUCCAACACAAACGCAACAAACUCAAAUGACGAAUGUGAGUUCAUCGACGGGUCUAGGAACAACAAUCAGUAAAUUGACUGACUAUUAUAAACUUAAAAAGGAUCUCACGAAUAAUUCGAAUAUUGAAAAGUACUGCAAUAUGCUCUUAAGUUUACAGCAACAACAAACAAGUGCCAAACAAAAUAACCAAAACUCGGUAAAAACAAAGGAAUUAACAAUUGCAACAGCAAAGAAUAAGAUUGCUGGUGCGACCACAAUCACACCGAUUACGAGUCAAUCACAAAAACCGCCAUUAGUGAAAGUAACAAAUGCAAAUCAAUCUGUGGCAAAGAAGUCAUUGAUGAAUGAGAAGAAGACGGCAAAAAUUGCUCCAAUUAUUCCAGUUGCACGUAAAAGUUCUACAAUUACGACACAAGCACAAUCAAUCCAACAGCCCGUAAAAAUUUCUCCAAAGAAACCAGUUUCUAUCGCUCCAAGAAUUGUCGCAAAGACAUUGCCAAAUAAUGGCAAUGGUAACAAAAAUCCUACAGCAAUAAUUCAUCCAAAAGCAGCAACUGUUUCGAUGACAACAAAUUGUAAUUCAAAUGAUAAAUACAAUAAUUCGAUAGGAUCCUUAUCGAACAUAUCAGUGUCUGAACAACUACAACAGCAGCAACAGCCGACUGUUUUACUAGCUGCAAUUAGAAUUCCUAAUCAAUUACCGACAUCAACACAACCACCGCCAUUAAAGAUCCAAAAUGGAUUAAUGCAAAAGUCUUCAACCACAAUGACUACAAAAUUGGCUCCGCUCUUACAAUUUCAUACACAGCAAAUGAUUCCGAACUUAAUACAACUGCCAAACUUAAUUGCUACAACAAAAACGAAGCAAACAGCACAAAAUUCGCCAUUGCAUCAAAAUCUCAUGCUCAAUAAUACUCAAUUGACACAACAACAACAGCAACAAUUAUUUAUGAAUGGUGCUGUAAUUAAAUUGCAGCCUGUAUCAACGCAACAAACCCCAUCACAAACUGUCACAUCAUCGACAACUGUAGCCAACAUGACUUCAAUUAAUGGAACAACUCAGAAAUUUACUAUACAGCAGCAACAGCAGGCAUUUACUGCACAACUACCAGCACAACAUAUGCAACAAUUAUUUAUGACGACACCUGUUCUCUUUAAUACAUCAUCCAUUCCGACUGUACUUACAUCACAACUUGCAGGACUGCAACAUGCAUUUAAUCAGCAACAGGCUGCUGCCGUCGUAUCUGCCGCUAUGUCGAUGCCACCAGCAUUACAACCAAUACAAUCGUCUCUGUUAUCGUCCUCAUAUUCAACAAGCUCAUUGACAUCGACGACAAAUAGUAUUCAACUGCCCAGUUUUAGUACGCUUAUACAUAGUCAUGCUGGAUUGCAAGCAGCAACUGGUCAACAUCAUAUCCAUAAUACUCAUUUGCAACAGAUUCCAACAUUGAUGAAAAGUUGUGGUCAAACAUCACUUCCGCCAUCAUUAACAAUUACGUCUGGAUUUGUUCCAAAUACAACGCCAGUUUCUCAACCAAUGCAACACGUUCAGUCGCAGCAUCAGCAACAAAAAGUAAAUGUACCACCACAAGCAACAAUUGCUCCCUCACAAAAAGCCAAUCCACCACCUCCUUUAGCUCCUGCAUCGCAUUUAGGUUUAACAAAUUUCCCAAAACUCAUAUCUGUUGCUAGUUCCUCAUGUCAAACCUCACCGAAAUCACCUCCACCACUCAUAAUUCCACAAAAGGUUUCAUUACCGCAUGGAUCUCCCAUUGUCACACUCCCACAAGCCCCAGUAAAACAGGAACCAAUCAUGAAUGGUGAAAUUCAAAAAACUAAUGCAAUUUGUAUUGUUCCACCGCUUCCAUCACCGGAAAAGAUCCUAAAAGUGGAAACACAGGAGAAAAUAACAGUUAUCGAAGCAUCAAAAGAUUCAAUAAAAUCAGCUAUAACAAUUACCGUUGAGGAAAAGGCAACAGUUGAAUGUGCCAAAUCGCCUAUUUUAUCACAACCGAAAACAAUUCGUUUUCCACCCGUCAAGGGAAAAGUUACUGUAUGGAAGAAAUGCAUAAGAAUAUCAAAGACAGGUGUUUGUAAUUGGGAAAAGUGCUCGAAGCAAUUUGACUCAAAUGCCGACUUACUGGAGCAUUUACAUAUGAAUCACAUUAAUGAACAAGGGGGACCAUUUAUUUGCUCAUGGCGCGAUUGUAAGGUUAAUGGACGAGAAGGAUCAAAAGGAUGGCUUGAACGUCAUGUUAUGUCACAUGUUGGUUCAAAACCAUACAAAUGUAUUUUUGAUAGAUGUGGAAGUAGAUUUAGUAGUCAGGUUCAAUUAGAGAAGCAUGUGAAUGGACAUUUUAAUAGCUCAGACCAACAAAUAAACUGUAAGAGACCUUCCGAUCCACCGAUGCCAAAGAAAGUUAAGAAGGAUCAAAAGAAAACCAAAGUUCGCCGUCAGCCUUGGUCUGCACGGCGAUUUGAUUUCUUCGAUGUUGGUAUGAUGGACGUAUUGCAAUAUCGUUUAGAGAAGGCAGAAAACAUUAUGCAUGGACGAGAGAUUGAGGUUACAUUUAAAGGUCGCAUUAUUGGCAAACGACGAGCUAUUAAUGGCGAUGACGAAUUUCAAGUCACAUGGAGUCCUUUAAAAAUACUUGGUGAUGAGUGGAUGAAGAAGCCAGCUGAUGCAUAUAAGCCGAAUUUCCAAUUAGUUAAACACGUUUCAAUAAAGCGAAUGAGCCCAAUGCAGAGAAUUGCAUUGGAAGAAUAUGUGAAUACAGUAACUAAUUCAAAUCAUAAAGGACCGAAUGGAGUGAAACAAUUGAGAAAAUGUUCGUCAACAUGCUCAUCGCAAGCAUCUGUAACGUCAGCAUCCACGUGACCUUCUUAUAAUAAUAUUAUCUGCACUGUCGUCAAGGAACUGCCGAAAAAAGGACGAAAAUGUCGAAGACUUGUACAGAAAUUGUAGAACUGAAAUGAAUAUACAACUUUUUGACUGUAAGAAACUACCGAUUUGGAUUUUUUAAAUAGACUUUUAAACUUCCACGCGGAAGGGUUAUGUUUAGUUGAUUAAGUAUG